AAUAUUUUGCUACCGCCUUUCUGCUCCCAUGUAUAUGUGGGCCAAGUCUAAAGACAGGCAAGUCGGUUGCUUAGACGCGAAGAAAGGACGGAAGAAGACACGAUCACAAGACAUCUGAGAACACUUCUUCCACCUGCAGUCAGAAAUCUAAUUCGAUCAGAUAAGCUCAGCAUUAGCAGUACUUCAGGAAUGUCGGAAGGAUAUAAACAGGCAAAUAUCAUAAUUCUGCACAAAUCUCUUGCGGAUGACUUUGAAAAAUUUUGCCAUGGAAAUGAUGGGCCCCUUCCAUUGCUCUACAGAAGUAAACCAGGGGAAUGGAAGUGCCCUACCCUGAGCACUGAUUCUGAUAUUAGAACUGACUGUCUGCAGUACAGGAAAUAUGAGAAUGGAGUAUGUACUGAAAUUCUGACAAACUUGAAGGAAUAUUCUGAACAGCUUAAAGACAUGGUGACUUUCUAUCUAGGCUGUAGUUUCACAUUUGAAAAGGCAGUCCAGAAAGUCGGUGUCCCUGUAAGAAAUGUUGAACAAAAAUGUAAUGUGAGCAUGUACAAGACUGCUGUGCCUUGCUGUGAUUCUGAAUAUUUUCACUGUAAUCUAGUGGUAUCAAUGAGACCUGUUCCUAAAGACAAAUUGGAAACAGUUGUGCAAACCACCUACCCAAUGAAAAAAUCACAUGGCGCACCAGUUCACAUUGGUAAUCCUGGUUUAUUAGGUAUCAAAGAUCUUUCCAACGUAGACUAUGGUGAUGAGGUACAAGCUCAUUCCGAGGAUGUUCCAGUCUUUUGGGCCUGUGGGGUAACAGGGGUGGAAGCCAUUGUGAAUUGCAAGGCUUCACUGGCUUUUACCCAUUCUCCUGGAUAUAUGUUUAUCACUGACUUGAAGGAUGAAGAUGCUGAAGUUGAUUAUGGCAAAGAAAUCCCUGAGGUUUACCAUAUUUGUCAAAAUCCUUUGCAUUAUAGCAUCACAUCUGCAGCAGCUGUACAAAAAAUAAGAAGACUAGAAGAGAUUAUUGGAGUGGACCCAGGAGAAAGAGGUGUGAAAUAUUUGUGCUCUUGGGAUGAACUUCUAAAGGCAUGUCUGUCUAUUUCACAUGCUCAUUCAGUGUUGAUUACCACUGGAUUUCCUACUCACUUCAAUUAUGAGCCCCCUGAAGAGACUGAUGGGCCUCCAGGAGCCAUUGCAAUGGCAGCCAUGUUGAAAGCCCUAGGAAAAAAUAUUGCUAUAGUAACUGAUCAGAGAGCUAUAGAUUUGAAUGAGAAGGUUAUUAAGGAAGCUGUAAAACAAGGGAUACUGAAGACUCCAGUUCCUGUAAUUAGCUAUCAGAGCGAUUCUGCAGAUUCAGCUUUGCACUUUUUGUGUGAAGAUGGAAACCCAGAAAAGCCCAAGUUUAGUCACCUGAUAGCAAUAGAGCGUGCUGGGAUGGCUGCUGAUGGCAAUUAUUAUAAUGCACAGAAAAUUAAUAUUAAGCAUUUAGUGGAUCCCAUUGACGAACUCUUUCUAGCAGCACGCAGUGUCCCAGGAAUUACUACAACAGGCAUUGGAGAUGGAGGAAAUGAAUUAGGAAUGGGAAAAAUAAAAGAAGCUGUGAAGAAGUACAUUCAAAAUGGAGAAAUUAUUGCUUGUGAUGUGGAAGCUGAUUUUGCAGUUGUAGCAGGGGUUUCAAAUUGGGGAGGCUAUGCUGUUGCUUGUGCACUUUAUAUUCUCAAUACCUGUGAAGUACAUGAGUGCUAUUUGAGGAAAGCUGUUGGAUUCUCCAGAUUGUCUGAGAAAGUGAGCUGGACAUCAGCACUUCCAUCUGUGGUUAAGGAAGAAAAGUUACUGAACAUAUUACAGCAGCACCAGGUCCGUAGUGGAAUAACUGCCAGUCUGGCAAUGGAAGUAGAUGGCCUGCCAUUCUAUGACACUCAUUCCUUUAUAAUUGAGAAGCUAUUGGAGGAAACUCUAAAAUAACUUUCAAGUGGUGAUCCAUUGGUAUGUCUUUAGCACAGUGCAGACAAUACUGCUUUGUUGAGAAUAGCUUCUCUCCUCUGUUAUCUUGAUCCUAAAAACAACUUACCUGUAUGGCUUCUGAAAGGUAUUUUCCCUACGAUGGAGUCUGUUGCAUCAGCACAAUGCUACUACUUAACUUUAGAUAAACCCCAAAGCAAUGGUAAGGAUAGUAUCUGUUAUUAGAACCAACUGAAAUACCACCAAGUGAUAAGCAAGAUUCGAAAUCACCGUAGCUUUAUAGUAACAUUUGAUUUAUAACAACAUUCGAUUUAUAUACCGCCUUUCAGGACAACUUAAUACCCACUCAGAGCAAUUAACAAAGUAUGUUAUUAUUCUCCCCACAACAAUCACUCUGUGAGGUGGGUGGAGUUGAGAGAGCUCUGGAAGAGCUGUGACUGACCCACGAUCACCCAGCUGGCUUCAAGUGAAGGAGUGGGGAAUCAAACCCGGUUCUCCAGAUUAGAAUCCUGCUGUUCUUAACCACUACACCAAACUGGCCUAAAUGUUAAGCAAAAUAAAUCCAGUGUUGCUGGAUUGAUGAAGAAGUCCUCUGUCUGCAGUAGCCUUAAGAUGAAGCAGAGGAAAUAAGGGAAUUUUAACUAUUCACUGAGGUCUGAGAGCAUAUUCUGCUAGGCAAUAGGCAACACUUAACUGAUAUAUAAGCAGCCCAGUAAUUAUGGGUAUAGUCAAACAAUUUCAAUAAUCAUUGUAAUGAUCCAAAAUCUCAAAUAAAACAUCUUUUCAUUGCUGCUGACUUUCAGCUUUUGGAAUUUUAUACUCUUUUCCAUGACAAUACGCUUAUGCAAUGGCCCUCCUGCUGCUGACAGCAGCCAUAUGCAGUUUAUCGUGUGGUGUCCUCAUACAUUCAACAGUGUAUCAUUGUAAAACAGCAAUCAGAUCAACAGAUGACUUCAGUCCUCUUGAUUUAAGUCAUAUGUGUUAUACUAUCU